UUAAUCUCUCAUGCCUCAUUAAGGAGGGACUCGCCUGUGCUUGCGUGUGGUUUGCACACAGACUAUGAGUGCAUCUGCAUGCCUCAAUGUGUGCAGGAGAAAACGCUCACACACUCCAUGAAAAAUCUUGCGGGGGUGGAGAGAAGGAAGGCAUAGGACGAGGAAAGGAAAGCUGGAUUUGUGUUAGUAGGUACAGGAGCACUACGGAAAACACACGUUAUGACCACUGCAGAAAUCCAUUGCGACGGCUGCAGGGUGUGAAAAUAAAGCAGCAGUGAACGAGGUGGAAAAGAGAAGAGAAAGAAGGAUCUACAAUGGCAGCAGAAGAGAAACCUGCUGUGAAGAGAAGCAGCUCCAUUGUACCAUGUUUCCUCUUUGUUGAGCUGGUGAUCAUGUCUGGCACCGUUCUCCUGGCGUACUACUUCGAAUACACGGACACGUUUCCUGUACACAUCCAGGGCUUCUUCUGCUUCGAUAAGGCUUUCUCCAAACCCUAUCCUGGACCGGAUGAGACCAGUAAUGUGCCACCGAUGCUGGUGUACUCUCUGGUCGCUGCCGUUCCUACUUUAACAAUUCUGGCUGGUGAACUGAUGGCAUUUUUCAUGAGGUCAGAGAGCACACAGGAGAAGAUCAUAGUCACUGCAGACUGCUGCUACUUCAACCCACUAUUGAGACGCAUCAUACGCUUCCUAGGUGUCUAUACCUUUGGCUUGUUCACUACCACCAUCUUUGCUAAUGCCGGACAGGUAGUGACGGGAAAUCAAACGCCUCACUUCCUGUCAGCGUGCAGACCGAACUACACAGCACUGGGCUGCCAUUCCAACUUACAGUACAUCACUGAACGCAAAGCCUGCACUGGAAACCCACUGAUUGUCGCAUCUGCACGCAAAUCUUUUCCCUCUAAAGAUGCAGCCAUCAGUGUUUAUUCUGCAGUUUAUACUGUGAUGUAUGUGACGUUGGUGUUUAGGACUAAAGGGACGCGUUUGACUAAGCCCACGCUCAGUCUGACUCUUCUGUGUCUGGCUAUGCUGGUGGGUGUGGUCAGAGUGGCCGAAUAUCGCAAUCACUGGGCGGACGUCCUCGCAGGAUACUUCACCGGUGGAGCCAUUGCUGUCUUUCUGGUGACCUGUGUCAUUAACAGCUUCCAGCAGACAAAGCCCCCUCCCCAGCCAGCGCGACCCCAGCGUCCUGAGUCUGUGCUGGGCAUGCCCAUGGUGGCGCUGCCCUGUGUAGAGAGUCCACUUGAAAAGUUAAGUGGCACUCAGACUCCAAGGGGAUCUCCAUUCACUGAGAUCACAUGACCAUCAGCCUCAUCGGUUUCCCGUCCCUCCCGAUGUCCUCAUACCGUCUCGCUCCAUGUCCAGCGAAGUCUAGACCAGCCAUCCCAGCACUUGCGCCACUGUGCCGCCCACCCUACAGGACGCUCCACCACUCUGCUCCGUUCCUACUCUACGCAGGUCUAGGUUUCAUCCCGUCCAACCUCCAUCCUCCAUAUUACACCAUGCCACCAGUAGGGCCUCCACAAACCGCUCAAACAAACUAAUGACAGUGAAGAGGCACCUUUAGAGAGAUCUCAAAUGAAAAUCUAGUAGGCAUCUUGACGUUACUUGUCAUGAGUUUGUUUGGUCAGUGAGUGGAGAAUUUGCACCUGUACGGACAUCUGGACCUCUCAAAACCAGCCCAUCCUACUUUUCCUGGGGAACCGAUGAAGUCUUGAACAGCUUGUUGCUAAAAUGCAGAACUCCCAAGAGGCUGCAAUUUAUUGUAUAUCAGUUCAGAUGUAAAUACAUAUACAUUUUUAUUCCUUUUUUUAAAAUGGCAUGUCCAUUUUGAUUGUUUUUAUAGCACUUAUGGUCAUCACACAGUUUGGAUUUUAAAAAUCAUGGCAGUAAAUCUGUUCAUGGAGUAUCCAUUGGUUUGUCUCAGUUUCCCACUUAAGAGGACAAUCUUAUAUUGUACAACAUGUUGGCAUAAGGAUAUUCCUUCUUUAAGUGCACAUCAAGAAUUUUUGUAGGAAAAGACCUCAAGUUCUUGAUUCCAGCUAUGAAACUAAUGUUUGUGUCUGGAAGCCAUAAAAUGAAAGGAAGACACAUGGCAGACACAUAAAGACUCAUGGCCAAACACCACAGCAUUCUUUUCAAAACUUAAUGUGCAGUUUGUGUUCUUCUGUGCACACAAAAGUUUUCUCCACCAGCCACAUGUAAUGUGCAGUGAUAAAACAGCUGUUGGACAUGAUGACCUUUUCAUUAAUGUUGCCCCAAGACAUUUUUACAGUUCAUAAUCAACAGUGGAAUGAUCUCUUCGUCUCUCAAGAGAAACCAGGAAUGCCACCAUGAAUCACACAGUAACAUCUGUAUUGUUAUCAGUAUUCACAAUUGUAAAUUAAAGUUUUUUUUUUCUUGUAUAGUGAAGACAUUUUUCACAUUUGUAUGAGCACGUGUUCCCAAGAGUUCCCAAAAUCAUUUUAUAUUUAUGAUGUUGUUAUAAUGUUACCUUGCAAUGAUUUCAUCCUAGCUGUUUGCAAAUAGCACAGAAUGCCUUGCAGUACUGAGUUUUUUUCUAUUUUGAAAUGAUUGCAUUCAUUUUAAAGACCCAAUGAAAUGAAAAUCAAAGUUGUGUCACUUUUAGUCCAUGUCUGUUAGCUUUGAGGUUAUCUACAAUGAUCAGCCACAACAUUAAAACCACCUGCCUAAUAUUGUGUAGAUCCCCCU